AUGGUCCCAAAGGCCGAUGCUCACAGCUGGCGUCCGUGCGGGGAUUACAGGCUACUAAACGCCCAAACCAUCCCGGAUAAAUAUCCAAUCCCCCACAUUAAAGAUUUUGCCCUAUCACUAGAAGGCACCACAGUUUUCACCAAGCUGGACCUACGGAAGGCAUUUUACCAAAUUCCUAUCGAGAAGGCAGAUAUUCCAAAGACAGCAGUAACAACUCUCUUUGGCUUAUAUGAAUUUAUCAGAAUGCCAUUCGGUUUGCGCAACGCAGCUCAGUCGUUUCAAAGUCUUUUUCUUACAGGUCAAACGUCUCACCUAGACUCCACUAAGGUUUUCCUCCUUCUUCUUGUCUGUCAAACUCUUUGUGGAGAAAUUGCUUUUUUCUCUUUUGGUGAAAACGCUAUGAAAUGUCAUCUCUCUUUCUCUCUCUCUCUCUCUCUCUCUCUCUCUCUCUCUCUCUCUCUCUCUCACACACACACGCACACACGUACGAGCAGAACAAGUGUUAAACUAAAAAAAACUACAUUUUUAGUACCAAAUACUACUUCUCGAUUUUCAAGCAAAGACAAUUUUUUCACUCAACAAGUUUCUUUGAAAGCCUUAAGCAAAACAAUUUAG